AUGUCUUUGCGAAAGCCACCGCUUCCUUGUCGUCUCCUCAACAAUGUCUCUUGUAUGAGGAAUGCUCAGCAGAUCUUGCGUCAUGUAAAUGCCACAGUUCAUGAUGGUGGAGCACUUGUGCUGAUGGGCACCAAUGGCUCGGGCAAGACUACCUUCCUGCGCAUGUUAGCUGGCUUUUCUAAGCCUUCUGCUGGCCAGGUCCUCUGGAAUGGGCAUGACAUCACAGAUUCAGGAGUCUUCCACCAGUACAAGCUCCAGCUCAACUGGCUCUCACUCAAAGACGCAGUCAAAGAGAAGUUCACAGUCCUUGACAAUGUCCAGUGGUUUGAAGUCCUCGAAGGCAAGAUGGGGAAUUCCCUGCCUGCUCUGGAGCUGAUGGGCCUCGGCAGAUUGGCCAAAGAGAAGGUGAGAAUGCUCUCAAUGGGGCAGCGGAAGAGACUCCAGCUCGCGAGGUUGCUAGCAAUCGACAGGCCUAUCUGGUUGCUUGACGAGCCCUCUGUCGCAUUGGACACUGACGGAGUGAAGCUGCUCGAGUACAUCAUUGCAGAGCAUAGAAAGAAAGGCGGCAUUGUCAUUGUGGCAACACAUCUGCUUGUCGAGAUCGAAGACGUGACAUACCUGAGACUGCCAGCUAGGUUCCCAAGGAGAAUGACCUUGGUAGACAUGCUUGAUCGUUCAGACUUUUGA